GAGCACUAUGGACAGAUGUCAGCUCAGGUUACUGUGCACAAACUGAAGCGCUGCCUGUUUCUUUCUGUACCUUCAUGACCGAGUGACCGGCAAGAGUGGCAGAAACACGAAAUAAUAGACUUUCUGUGCCACAGUGAACCAAAGGGAACAGAGAGGAGGCGACACCAGUGACUUGCAGAUAUGGGGGCUGUCAUAUCCCGGUGGAAGGCAAAGCCAACCACAGUUGAGCAGUUAGAGAAACUGGACAAGGAAAUCAAAGAGCUGGAGGAAUUUAGAGCGAAAAACCAGCGAAUGCUAAAGCUGUGGGUCGGCCGGUUGCUUCUCUACUCGUCAGUCAUAUACCUGCUGACCUGUCUGACUGUCUACUAUCUCUACCUACCUGAACAAUGGAGCCAGAGACUAUUCAUGUCCCUACCGUUCUUCAUAUUCCCUGUGCUGGUGUGGUUCACCAGGAAGCUGUUGAUUUUCCUGUUCUCCAAACGCACUGAAAGAAACAGUGAUAAACUAGAGGAUUUGAAAGUUGCCAAAAGAAAGAUUCUGGAUGAGGUGAUGGAGACAGAGACAUAUAAGACUGCCAAACUCAUCCUGGAACGCUUUGAUCCAGAGGCAAAGAGGAAAGCUGAACUGGAGUCGACCCCAGUGCGUCCCCAGAUGACUCCCAGGCCAGGACAAGAGAUUCGGCAGAGGGGGGUGGCAAUGAGACCCAUGCCCAUGGGCACCCCAUCUCAGGUGGCAAUGACUCCCCCACCUGGAGCACGACCCCUAGUGGAGGCAGGGGCCACACCUGUGGGUGCUGUCCCUCUGUCAGCUCCAGGAGGACCACCAGAGAGAUCUGGUCUGUCUGCCUCUGUCCAGCAGGGCGCAGUACCCAGAACUCCCUGCUCUCCUAUACCAGGUGUAGGCAUGCACCCUCCAGGCCCUCCUUUAGCAAGGCCCAUUUUGCCCAGAGAAAGAGGAGCUGUGGACCGGGUCAUAGAAUACCUGGUUGGGGAUGGACCGCAGAACAGAUAUGCACUGAUCUGCCAGCAGUGUUUUUCACAUAAUGGCAUGGCUCUGAAAGAAGAAUUUGAAUAUCUAGCUUUCCGUUGUGCUUAUUGCUACUUCCUGAACCCGGCCAGGAAGAUACGUCCUCAGGCCCCCAGGCUCCCAGAAUUUAGCUAUGAGAGGAGGCUGCGAUCAGACUCACCAUCACCGAGACCGUCACCACGUUCCAACAGAGACUCAGAGGGCAGUGCACCCCCCUCUGGAGCCAAGGCUCCGGCUCCGUGGAGUUCAGUCCACAGUUUCUCCAGUUUCCAGACCCAGCAGAAUCCAAAGAGCCCUCAGAAACACCCUCUGCAGAACUCAGAUGAAAAAGAGAUUGGGGAAGACGAUGGGCCAGGUAAAGAAGUGGAGAGCCAGUCAGAGGAGGUGCAGCAGCGGGAGGUUGAAGAACUGGUCCAUGAGGAGGAAGAGGAGAAGUUGGAAGAGGGGUCAGAGCAGAGUCACAGCGCCCCUUCUGGCACAGAAUGUCAGCCAUCACAGUUGCAGAGUGACUAGAGGAGAACCAGAGACAUCUGAUCAGUCAGUUCAAGAACAAAGUUUGGUAUUGGUCAUGAUAAACAGGCCACAUUUUAAGGCAAUUAAGAUGAUUAAGACGACAACUGUUGUGACCAACAUUAUUUUUCAGAUACUUUUCUUCCCUGUAUUUCAGUGUUUUGUUUGACUGCCCAUCUCCAUAACAUCACAAUGUUUUCAGUUAAUUGUCUUCUUACUGUGGACUUAGUUGCAAUGGAGUUUUUACUUGGUGGGUGCACUGUUUUUUUUUUUUGUUUUUUUUUUUUUAAAAGAUAAUUUUUUGAUAUUUCUUUUUUAGUCACAGUUCAGAGAGAGGUCAGAUUCGAACCCAGGAACCUGCCUUAACAAGCGAUAUGCACUCUUAGCCGAUGAGCUGCCAGGCCCCUGACGUGGGUGCACUGUUCUCGCAACAUUUAGAAAGGAACAGGAGGAUAGUGUCAACUGAAUUCAGGCAAAGAUCUAAUGAGUUUAUAGGUUCAUAAAGCUGAGGCUUUUAAAUAUUUAAGGCCUUUUGUCUAAUACAGUAUAAUUUUACCCUAAUUUGUUUGAUCUUGAGAUAAUGGGUUUAAUUAAUUGAUCAUUAAAUAGAAAAAAGGAUUGUAUUGCUUAUUGGUAAAACUGGACUUCAUCUAUGUUGCCUCAGAAUGUUGCCAGGGUGUCAUCACCUUAACUGUCUUAUUGAUUAAUUGAUUGACAGGGAAGGUCACAAAUUGUUGAUUGCAGUUUUAAUUAUAAGCUUCUGAUUCUGGACAGAACAGUUGGCUGCUGAUAAUGCCCGAUAUGUGGAUUUAGUACUGACAUGUUAAUAGUGUAUGAUUUUAACUUUUAGUAUUUAAGAAGUUGGGUACUGUAGGGAUUGUUAAUGUUAUUUAACUCUGCUUAUGAUUUUAGAUAUGUAUUCUUUGGUUCACAGAGUUUGUUUUGAGCCACAGCCAAGAACAAAUGACAAACCAAGCCUUAUAAUGAACAGUUGUUUUAUGCAAAUUUCCCUCACUCAGCCUCCUUUUUGUUUUGAUGUUAAGUUUUACUUGGUCUGGUAUGUCACAGGUAUAACAGUAGACGGUGUUACAACUGUAUAAAUACUAGGGCUGCCUCCUGAAAGUCAACAAGUGGAAUCAUUAGUCACAUACCUCCACAGGGGGACGCAGUUUUUCUAGUUGUCUUCUAGUAAGAGACAAGGACGAUGAGUCGAUUCGUCACAUUGAAAGUCAACUCUGGAAAUUGUGAGUACAGCCCUAAUAACUACAGUAUGUAAACAUGUAUAUUGUUAUAUUGGACAGUCUUUCUCAAACUGUGGUUAUGGACCCAAAAUGGGUCACUAGUUUGUUUCUGAUGGGCCAUGCAAAUGAGACUGGGUUGGGGCAUGAGGCACAGUUUUUAGACUCACAAAAUUUAGCAUUUGGAUCCCUGAGACAACCCUGUCUCCUUAAAAAUUACAUUCCCGUUCAACAAAACUGCAUUCUCAGUUACAUUUUUAGGGAAAUGUGUUUUGUCGAGGAGUAUGUUUGUUUGUCACAUAUCACAAAAAUGUUUGUAAUGGUAACAGUGUUUGAUUUUAACUAAAGUUAUGUUACAUCAACCACAUCGUUUUUGGUGCCUAACCCUGACCACGUGGCACUGACACGCUGUAAAAGCCAGAAAGCCCGGUGUGUCUCAUAUGAGAAUGCAGUUUCGCUCUAUAGGAACCAGAUAGGUUGAUUAGAAAAGCAUUAGUGAUACAUCAGAUACAAACAUAAUCUGCAACAAAAUACUUGUCCCUCUUAAAGUAGUUUAGAUUGCAGUUAAAUUGUAUGGGAGUGUAAUUUUUCAGGAGACUAUAUUGCCUGGGAAAGCAUGAGAUAUUUUUAUGUUAAUCUUAAUCUCAUGCUCUUGAGACAGAACUUGUCCGUUCUCCAGAACCAACCUUACCGAAACAUGUUUGUCGUAUGGAUUCCUGUUAUCAGUCGGUUAUCAAAUUACUGUUUUUUCCCCCUUUUUGUGUCAAACAAAAUGUGCAAUUUUAAAUUGAAUAUUUAAUUGCUUUGCUCUCCAUACCCCCACGGUCUGCUGUGAGAGUGAAUGCAAGGUGUAGUGACGCCACCAUAAAUGAGCCUUAAAGCUGUAGCACAUAACGACAAAGCAGGUCAGCCAAUUUUUUCAUGGAAUCUAGCCACAAUUCCAUUUUGUUUUCGGUCUUCUUUUUGCGUUGCCAUUUUCGCUGUCCUGCAGAGCUUUAACAGUGAAAGUGCUCCUUUUGCUGGCGAGAACUGAAUAUGGAGAGUUAAACAAUUAAAUACUGAAUUAAAAAGUGUCUAUUUCAAAUGUAGAUGGCCUGCUGGUGGUAUCAGAGACAAAGUAAUGGGGUCUGCAAUCCACUAAAUAGAUUUUGAGAUAUGGCACUCUAUAUCUAACCGCUGUAUGACGUACAAGUUCCCACUUCCUAGUGGGGCAAAGGUUGCACAUUUUGUUCCAUUAAAGAGGGAGCAGAAAAAAAGGGAAUCAAUAAGGCGCCCAUGUUUUGCUGGAAUAGGCUCCACAAUGGAAGCAAGUCCUGCUUUCCAGUUGUUUUGUUUAUUUAUAUGUACAUUAUUCAGAGGUUGAUUAUAUGGUUGCAUAUAAAGAGCUUAACCCCAGACAGUGCUGUAGCUGGGAUGUGAGCUGUUAUCCAAAAUACUGUGUGCAUGUAAACACAGUAACUUUCCUCCUUUCUAGUUGCACUCCAAUCUGCCUAGAGCAGAAUUAAUGUAGAUAUAGACCAAAAUCGAGGAACAGAUGGGUGUAUAGACCAAGACUUAGCCAUGAUCAAGAGAAGUCAUCAAUAGGGGGGAGCAGGAUAAAAAGUAACCUGAGAAAUCAAGGAACCAGCUGCUGGAAGUCUAUUUACUGGUGCAUGAUGACCACAUUUGCCAUCAGUUAUACUUUGUUAGAGUGGAAAGUUGGCAGCUCUGUCAACAUCAGAAUAGUGGUUGUUCAAAAUGGCCUCUUACACAUGGGAGCUUAUAAGCCCAAUUUCUGGCCUAUAAACAAUUGGCUGAAACAUCUGAAAUAUUAAAUAAAAAAAAACAAAAAACAAAAAAAAAACAGACAAUAUUCUGUAUUGAAAUAUAUGCCACUAUUGAUUAUCAGUAUUGUGCAGCCAUAUUAUAUGCUUGCCCACCACUAUGAAAACCACUGACAGUGAAUCAGCUCAAAUUGGCUGUUGGACAGUAACAUGGCAAUGUGUCCGUUAGUGAUCUGAACACAGAGGUGCACUUAUUUGUUUAUCAUUACUCUGCAUCUCUUGUAGGUAUGGUAUCACUUUCAUCUUCAGUACAGAUUUACACUACAUGUUAAAUUGCUGAUGAAUAGGAAAAAGUAUUUUAUUGCCACACACUGUUACUUUUGUCCCUGCUCUCCCCUUUGUCUGACUGGACAGAAGGAGCACUUGACUCAUUCGGUCAUGACAAUCAGAGUUUAAAGUGGGUUCUUGAUCUGUUCGUUUUCUUAACCAUGUUUUUGUCACAGUAUGGGAAAAAAUGAAAUGGUAUAAAAUUGUUGUCUUGGCUUUAUAAACAUCUUUCGUUGAAACCAAUAGGCACUGACUUGUAGCAUGCAGAGGAAACUUUCUCAUCACAAUGUGACAAAUGCCGGGUGAAGAGUGAGAACAGAUGAGAGCUCAAACCGCCAAUGUUAUCUCCUCAUCUGAUUAUUGCCAAUCCCAGUCCCAGAUAGGAAUGUUAAUUGCCAAGUUUACUGAAGUUUAAUCUGUACUUCCUGACUUCAUUUGCACUGAGUUUGGGUUUGUAUUUAUUUGGCUAGCCUGCAUUUUAAAUUGUUGUUAAAAUGUUGCCAUGCUGCUUGAUUUUAAACAUUUAGACAGGUAUUCUGAAAUUGCCAAGGUACAGCUGCAGCUAUUUAAACAUAUGGUUUGGUUUCUGUGUGCCGCAUGGUCAGAUACAUAUCGCUGGGAAGAUCAGUCAAAAAAGGUGAUGGACACCAUGACCUUGGCAGUUUUGCUAUUGUAGCUGGGUUUCCUAGAACCUCAUUAGCAUUUUGAGGCAUUACAUAUUAGUAUGAUUUUAGACAUUUUAAUGUAUUAAUUUCUUCAUGUGUGCAGGUACAGUAGGUACUUGUUCUGUUGCUGUUUUCCUGUGUGCCUUGGCUGCUGUUAUUCAUGUGAUCACAGUGUGAAAAGAGCAAGGCAGUGACAUCAGAUUGAGGAAUUUAUAAUAAAUAAUAAUUGCCCAUCUCUUGUAGAUGGACUGACACAUCAGUUGUAUUUACCUUGCCAUGUUUGGCCACCACUGCUCUCAAGUCAUUAAAAUGUUAACAUCUCAACUUGGUGGCAUGAAGAGACUGGAAUCAAUGCUGUGCCCAGUAAGCUCCUGAAUUUACAUCUAAUAAGUUGUCGAUUACCCUUCAUUACAUUAAAGCAUUCUGGAAACUAUGAAAGAAGAGGCACAUGGUAAAGUUUGAUUUUUAUUUAGGUUAAAUACAAAGACUCCACCACUUGCCCACAGGUUAAAGGUAUCACUUAACGUCAUAAAUUUUGCCCAUUUAUUUUUCCUCACUGGAAAGUUUUGUUAAAAUGUUGAUCACACACAGUGCUUGCUAGCUGCAGGAUCGCUCUUGAACCUGUGUUUACCAGUAUGAAUGAUCAGAUCGCUGGAGGACAAAAAGUGAAGCCCCCCAACCCCCAUUAAGCCCAGGAGUGAUGAAAAAACGGGGUGAAUGUUCAAAAUGUGAAGCUGUCACCUUCAUGCUUGAACCUCACCAGAGUCUCUGCAGAUUGUCUCACACUGCCACAUGUGCUGCCUCUUUAUUUUUUUAUUGGUAGCUUGAUUUCUUUGCUCUGCUGAAUUUAUUAGGUAUUAGUCUAUACUUGUCUGCCAAUGCUGGUUGUCAUGAGUUUGUAUGGCACACCUAAUAAAGUUUUCAACAGCAAAAGAAGCAAGCUGA